CCUGCUUGGCGAAGUAAUACAAAUAUGUAGUGACGUUACUUUGGUUGAUUAAAAUUGGGGAAGUUGGGAUUAUAUGGUGAUCAUGACCGUGACACAAUACAGAAGGACGCGGAGGUAACGGGCUCGUUGCAGUGGUUUGGCCUGAGGCGAAUGAGCUUUUAGCCGGUCAGACUCUUGACUCUAUAAACCAGUAACAUCAGCAUCAACAUGGCAGAGAGGAAUAGUGCCAGCUGGAACCGGCAGGUGGCUUCAUUUUGUGCUGAUCCUAAAACUUUUUUAUCUGACACCUCUGUGGAAAGCUUUUUGGGAGAACUUCUGAAAGAUCUUCAGAGUGAAACUAUACAUGGCCAAACUAAGAUUUUAAUGAUGAACCUCCUAUUAGAGUUCCCUGAGCUUCUGUGCCCAGACCAAAGUACAGCGGAAAUCACUGCAGAGACGUUAAUGAACCUUUUCCAGAAGAUGCCAAGCUCUGAAAGAAGCAUGAAUUUUAGGUGCCACCUCUUGUUAGCAAUUGAGACCAUUUUAAUUACUAGUAAAAGCUUCACUCACACCAGCAAAACUGCACAAGUCUUUGCUUCCCUACUGAUCCAUUUAAUAUCUGACGUUAAUGACAAAAAGCAAGGCGUUGCAAACAGGCCCUUGCGUCUUACUGCCUGUGAAUGUCUGCGGGAACUAGAGAACUGCUACCCAGGGUUUCUGUCACAAAGAAUGGAAAAGUUGUACUUCAUGCAACAGCAAGAGAUUACUGCUGCACAUCAGUCAUACACCUUGCUCUAUACAGUUGUAUUAAAAAAUGCAAUACGAUUAUUAGCACAGAAGGAAGGGCCCUCCCACGGUGCACUUAAGAAUGCCUUGAUGAGCAAUGAUGACUUUCUCUGGAGCGCAACUGAAAACAUGGUGGAGUUUCCAGCAUCGUCUAACGAACAGUUACUAUUACUCCCAUCCAACAGCGAAACAAAGGAGUUGAAAUCCAUUUUGGCUCUACUGCUUGAAGACUCCUACCUUCUUACACCAGUAUGUCAAAACAAUCUGUUCUGGCAAAUAAUUCAAAUUGUUGCAAUGGUCCGUACCAUCUCACCUGUGAUCUUCAAGUCUCAGCUAGUGCGGCUAUUUGGUACAAUGGACAUAUCUUGUUUUCACAGCAUACUGCAAAUGAAAGCUGUGUUUACAGAUAGUCUGUUCACAGCAGAGGAUGAGCAUUUCCUCAUUCAAAGACUUGUAGGAAUGACCCAACACCCACUUCUGUCUACACCAGUAAAGCUCUUUUAUUUAGACUGUCUUUUACAUUUUCCAGAAAACAGGCCCCUUACUUCCAACUCUGAAGAGACUUUGCCAGUUUUGCUCACAGUCCAAAUGACUUCUUCGUUGUUCCCUAAUGUUUUUAAUGACCACAGCACCAUGCUGUGCAGACAGAAUUUAUUAAGUAUGGUUUACCUGGAAAACGAAGGGUCCUAUUCUGAGAUGGGCAUUGGUUUCCUUUUUGAACAUGUCAUGUCUCUUUACAGUAUGGUUCAUAAGAAGGACAGCAGGGAAAUAACAGCAACUUUUUUCCGAGCCGUGUAUUUGUUUGUUCAAUAUUUUAAUUUUUGUGAAAAGCACAUGGAAAAUCUGACGGAAAAACUGCUCACCUUAUACAUGAGUGACAGCUCAUUGGCUCCAUAUUUUAUCAAUCUUCUUAACCAGACACAGAUUUUGCUUGAAUCCCAUGCUUGGCCAGUUACUUUGUCAAAGGCUUUACAAAAAGAAAUCGUGAAUCUUCCCACUGAUAAAUGGAUUAUGAAAAACCUUGGGUGGCAUCUUAAGAUUCUCUCAAGGGUCGCACAGGAAAAUACAAUAUCACAGAACAGCACAGUCCUCUUUUUAAGGCGUGUGGUUGUCUAUUCCGAUCUGUGCAGUAAAGGUGAUUGGAGGAGAGGAAAUGCACUGCUGUCUGUAUGCAAGCAUGUACUUCAACAUCAAAAACUUGACGCUGUUUUUGUGCAUUUGGCAGAUCUCUUACAAUAUUUAAUGCAUCAUUUUGAGGACAUUGAUGUUCAAGAUCGUGCCCGGUUGUAUUAUGUGCUUCUUACCAAUGUUUCCAGUGACAAGCUUGGAAAAAUUCUGACUAUGUCACCAGCUCGGGGCCAAACCAAAUCAAGAUCCUUAUCUUCUAUCAUGACUGAAAAUGAGAAUUUCUCCACUAUGCUGACCAUACACAAUGCCGAAAAAGCAUUAUUACGUUUGCAACCAGUGCUUGAGAAUGCAGAAGCUUUUACAUGUAUCUCAGAUUCUCCGACAUCUGUAAAUGAAUGUUCUGUUGAAGAAUAUUAUAAGCAUUGUGCUGAUAACAACUCUUCUUUGCUUACACUAAAAUACCAUUUGACAUUUAAAGAGAUGACUGAGCCCAAGUAUCACAAUCUCUACUGUAUUGUACUUCAGUUUGAAAAGACAGAUUGUAGGUUUGAGUCUAUAAGUGACAUUAAUGUUCCAUGCUUAUUCUCUGACAGAAAUCCUCCAGUUGUUACUAUUAAUUUAGUGCCAAAGGAGCCUUACCCAACCAUCUUUUUUGUGAGUGCGACAUACAGUACUCAAGAUGGCGUUACAUAUCACACAAAACUGGACUCACUUCAUAUUACCUUUCAGGAAAUGUUUAUUCCACUCCCGCUGCCUGCGUUUUGGCCCUUAGACGCCAGAUAUGAUUUGUUUGGCAAUCUUUGGAAUGCUUUUCAGCCUAACGAACAAAACCAGUUUGAGGAGAGCAUUUUUUGCUAUAAAAUGUCCUAUAACUCUCUUCACAAUGUUGUGUUGGAUAACUUUUCCAAGUUUGUUGUGUCCUGGAAUGGUGGUGAAUACAAAAUUGCUGUGUUUUUACCCCCACAGUUUCACAUACUAAUGCACAUUAAGAGUCAAGAUGACACUGCCUGCUUCAGUAUUAGAACAGAUAAUUGGAACUUACUCCCUUAUUUAAACUCGCACCUUCUAGAUAUCACAUCACCCAAAUAAUUAGGUACUGUUACGAUUAGCAGGAUGCUUCUUAAAAUUAAGUACUAAAUCUGCCUCUGAAUUUGGCACUUUAUUGUUUAAAGAUAUUGUUUUAAAUUGGAAUGCAAAUUCUAAAAAAUCAGUAAAUAUGUGUACUCAA